AUGUUUUAUGUCUCUCCUUGGGUACCAGGAGCUCUGUCAUAUGCAGAACUUGGAACAAGCAUUAAGAAAUCUGGUGGUCACUAUAUCUAUAUUCUGGAGACUUUGGGCCCACUUCCAGCCUUCCUUCGAUUAUGGAGUGAAGUCAUCAUAAUCAGACCAGCAGUCACUGCUAUUGUAGGCUUGUCGUUUGGACGCUACAUUGUUGAACCAUUCUUUGCCCCUUGUCCAGCUCCACCUUUGGCAGUAAAACUUCUCACAGCUUGUGGAGUCUCUGUGGUAAUAUGCAUAAAUUCGUGGAGUGUGAAUUGGACUGCCCGAAUUCAGAUCUUUCUCACACUCUCCAAACUGGUGGCACUGGGACUGAUCAUCACUCCGGGGAUAACUGCUUUGGCCCAAGGUCGCAAUGAAAACUUUCAAAAUGCUUUUAACAGCAGUUUCGUCACGCUAGACAAAAUUCCAUUGGCCUUCUAUUCAGGCAUGUUUGCUUACAGUGGCUGGUUUUAUGUGAACUUUUUCAGCGAGGAGGUGAUUAACCCAGAAAGGACUAUUCCUCUGGCAAUUAUCUUCACUCUGAUUCUUAUUACGGUAUUGUAUCUGCUUGUAAAUGUGGCUUACUACACUGUGUUGACAGCAGAUGAAGUGUUGGCCUCUGGUGCAGUAGCUGUGACUUUUGCAGAUCGGACACUGAGUGGAUUUUCCUCAGUCAUUCAAAUUCUGGUGUCACUAUCAUGUCUUGGAGCUGUAACUGUAGGACUGUUUUCUGCUUCCAGAGUAUUCUUUGUGGCUUCAAGAGAAAACCAGUGGCCAACAAUCUUCUCCAUGAUCCACAUCCAACACCACACCCCACUUCCAGCUGUAAUUCUGAUAUAUCCACUGGUCAUCCUGAUGAUUUUCAUUGGUGAUCUGUAUGGUUUGCUGAAUUUAAACAGCUUUCCUCGUUGGCUGUUUAUGGGAUUGGUAACCCUUGGACUCAUCCGGCACCGUUAUAAACAGCCUGAUCUACACCGUCCAUUCAAGGUUCCAAUGAUCAUACCUGGAGUCUUUAGUGCACUGUGUCUGUUCAUAGUGGUGAUGUCCCUUUACUCUGAUCCUCUCAGCACUGGAAUUAGCUGUGCUUUAACACUUUCUGGUGUACCUGUCUAUUACCUGCUGAUAAACAGACAACAGCAACCAGGCUGGUACAGAAAAGCACUUAAUCUCUUCACUGCCAAACUGCAAAUUUUAAUGCAAGUAGUGCAACAGGAGAUUGUAACCUACUGAAAAUUUGCCAGCGACCCCUUGAAUUUCCUGAACUUUGAUCUGUAUGUGAAAAUUCCAUUCCCACUAACCGUGUGUGUGAAUUCUUACGCAAGAAAAUCUGUUAGUUUUUCUUAUUCUAUGUUAACUAUUUUGAAUUCUAAAUAUAAAUGAGAACUGCUGGAUAAGCUGUGUAUAUCUGUCAGCAUUUGAAUUUGUAAAAGUAAACAAAAUCAAGAGAGAGGAAUAAUGAUAAAAUGAUAAAAGGGAAAAAUUAAAGAUAGUAAGAAA